GUCCUACACGAUCGGCUCCUCCAAGUUUCCCACCACCAAGGAACGAGCAUAUCAGCGUUGCACAGGACGCUUGGCUAUGCUGCGAGUCCACGUUUAUCAAGGUCCGGCAGCCAUUAUGGCCGUCCCGACUGGUUCUAUGCCAUGCAAAAGCAACGAAGAUUGCAGCCUUCCCAGGCAGGGAGCUCAUAAACUUCCCCAGGAGCGGCUUAGGCCAAUGGUGAUGUAGGAUCCAAGACUACAUUGCAGUCUGUCAUACUCGAACUAAGGCCAGUCUGGCUAGCCAUUGUCACCUCCCGUCUGCGGGCUCUGCCGCCGAAACCGCCGCCGAGUAGGGGGCCACUGCCGUUCCGGCUCGAGGUUGGGGGACAAAAAGAGAAACACCGCCCCGAGAACAUAUCGAAAGGCACUAGCGAGCUUGACCGUCAUGCAGCACAUGCAAAGAUCGACAUGUUGAAUGGGGCGGCUACUCAGCAGGAGCGGCACAGCAGGUGACAGGUAUGCCAGAUGUGAUUUGCCUCGAGAUAUGCCAAGGGCUCAGGGACAUCUCUGGGGUUUCGCUACCUCAUCUUGCAGAUGUCGCCGACCAGUUGCAGCCUUGGAUCACAGAGCCAGGGAGGUACGGAAUGCCCUGCAAGUCGACGGCUCUCCUCACAACCUAAUCCAGCUGUGCUCGCCUACGGGUGUGGCCCCCUCAAGCGGAAUCUAAGCAUCUUGGUGCAGUAGCUCAUGCCGACACCCCCUGUCAAGGACGAGGAGGCAAUGUCCAUGUACCAGGAACACAAUAGGAAAGAGGCGCUGUGCCUGGGGCUGGCUGUGCGGAACCAUCUCGGUCGCUGGACUGCGCGGUAUAUAAUACUACCGCUGGACCCAACAGCAUCAAAAGGAGACACCCGAUCAGCCCUCCCAUGCAUCGGCUUUCCGUUGGUGAGCACCACCUCUCGACUAAGCACCCCGGCCAUUUCACACGGGCAGGCAGCACACUCUCUGUGCCAUCCAAACACCUAGCGGCUUGGUGCGGGAUUCAUCGAAGCCUCCCUUGUCCUGAACUUUGGGCGACAGCGCGGGACACCCACAGCGCCUGGUCAGCCGCUGAUUUCCUCCAUACGACAGCGGGAUCCAAUACUCGGUCCCUCGGCCGCUUCCCGCAUGAUACCACCCGGAGUGGCGGAGGCUGUUCACCGGUUGGCUCUUGGGAGACCUUGUUUCCCAAGCUACUGGUCUCAGUAGCAUCGGAGCCUGCAGCAUUCAUGCCACAAGUCUGAAAGCAGUUGACACUCUCGCCUACUAGGGCAGGAAUAGGAGAAUUGCCCAGCACACGGGACAAAGCCUGCGAAAGACAGCUACUCGGUGCAUCCGAUACUUCGGCGACAGCUUUGUAGACGGCUCUGGGGAGCAAUCCAGCUUGAGACGCGGCCAAAGAAACAUAUAUAACACAGCAGGCACUGGACUGGGGUUUGCUGAAAUGAGUUCCCAUCGAGAUCCCAGAUUCACUCAAAACAAGCCCCGACAGAAUCAUCUACAUGCACCGACAAACCAGGGCAUGACACAACAUAAUAGCGAAGCCUUCUUCAUCGAUUACACCCCUGGUAACCCCGAGCACCUAGUUGCCGGCGGCUAUCAGUCAACGUUCGGGGCCGGGGGCCUAGCCCGGCUUGGCCCGGAGUAUCACCCCACAAACACGCCAUCGGCCGCUAGCUCCUCAGCGUUUGGCCAACCGGACUAUUCCUUCGCAACGGCCGGUAGCACCACCCUUUCUACGGCACGUGUCCGGUCACGAGAGCACCCCAACGUCUUCCCCCUGAAUACCAGCCAGCCGGCUUUUCCACCUGCUGCGACUCUGGUUGACUGGCGACUAUCACCUUAUACGACUGAUGCCGUCUCUCCUAAUGUUCCGGUCUCGAUUGCGGCACACUCGCUUUCCACCACCGCUGGGGUGAUUGGGUAUGCAUCACAGCCGAAUGUGACCGAUCCGUACAUGGGCGAUUAUGUAUCGCCCACCGCUCCUCUUCCUCCUCCGCAGCAGCCAGGCUUUGACUUUCAGCCGUGGCCAGCCGCCGUUGACGAUGGCACCAUGAGCCUCGGUACAGCAUCGCCGAGCUCGCUCAUGUCACCUGUGAUGCAGAGCUACGAGAUGGUUGCCAGCCCGACGGGAUCUGGAAUUGAUGAGUCGAGCAUGGGGAUGUAUGGAGGUGCGUCGGUGGAAAACUGGCAGUUGCCACCGCAACCGCCGUCUAGAACCGACAGCAUGGAGAUGGGAACCAGCAGCCCAGGCGGUGGUGGAAAGCGGGCGAAACAGUACGCCGAGCAGAGCGGCGCAUCACCGGUUACUGCAGCACCUAAGUCUGGUGCCGGUAACAGCACCACCACCGCUGCAAAGACGAAGCUACGCAGCGCCUCGAGAACGUCGAAGAAUAUGCAAACUCGUACCGAGGAAACCCCUCAGGAGCGCAAGUCUAGGAACUCGCACAAUCUGGUUGAGAAGCAGUAUCGGAACAGGCUGAACAUGCAGUUUGAGAUAUUGAUGAACACGCUCCCUGAAUCGAUGCGCUCGCCGACCACGACUGCUUCGGGGGCGGAUUCGGAUGUCGGACAGGCUGGUGGUGGUCAGGGGGGGGCCGGGUUGGACUUGGGGGAGAGGAGGUUGAGUAAAGCGCAGGUGUUGGACAUGUCGACGAGGUAUAUACGGUCGUUGGAGAAGGAGAGGGAGAAGCUGGAGAGGGAGAGGGAGGAGCUGCUGUUGGGGAUGGCCAAGAUGAGGGAGGCGUAUGAGAAGGACGGGACGUCUGGGCCCGGUUCGGGGACGGGAGGUGGGAAGGGGAAGGGUGCUGCUGGUUAAUGAUGGUCUGGGGCAGAUGUGGUGGUACAUGAAAGAAAAAAAGUAAUGAUUUACGAUAUACACGACAAGUUUUAAAAGUUAAAAGAGGAAGAAGGGCGGGGGGGGACAUUCUACCUGCCUACCUGCCGUCUUUUGUGCACCCGUCGUGGUGUGGUAGUGGUGGACGGAGUAGGAAGGUCGCACAUAGAUGUGAUGUGUACACAUUUGGAGGGAUGGGCCUCCCUCCUUAUUUGCAUAAUAUAUCUUGACGAUUUGACGACCAACUUUGAGACUGGGUAUUUUUGUGGUUGAAUUUCCAGCCAGCCAGCCAGCCAGCCCAACCGACCAGAGACCAGGUCCCAAGACGCCGCCACAUGAUAAAAUACACCUAGUGGUAUCGCACACGCUUUCUCUUCUCUCUCUCCC